GGGGAAAGCUGAAGGUCUCCCUGGGACACCUGGCUGGCAACUCACUGCUGCAGUGCCAGCGUGCCGAGUGGCAGGACCACAGUGUGUUGUCCCAGCCCGGCACAACCUCGCCAUAAACCCUCUGCCAGGCCGGGAACCGAUAACGGCGGGGCUGAAGUCCAACACGGGCAGAUCCCAGGGAGCAGAUUACAGCCCAGGGCUCACGGUGUGGCCUCUCCGAGCUCCAUUUCGCCGUCACAGUGCAGAGAUGGCUGCAGGCGGGCAGGUGUUGGUCCUCCUGGUGCUGCUGGCCAAGACUGUCCUCCCCUGCGGGUCUGUGAUCAUCAACAGCUGCAGCAGCGUAGCCGAGCAGCUCUGCGACUUUGUCUGCAACUGCAGUGACUGCUCCGACGAGAACCAGUGUGGGUACCUGCAGCGCUCAGCAGUGCUGGACACCCCCUUUACUUGCGACUUUGAGGAUGGUGACUGUGGCUGGCAGGAUGUGGGCACCUCAACAUACAGAUGGGUGCGGAGCCGGGCCAGCCUGGCCACGUGGGGCACAGGGCCUCACUCGGACCACACCGUGGGCACUGACCUGGGCUGGUUCUUGGUGACUGUGUCCCCCCCUGCAAAGACUGUGGCCGCGGCCUGGCUCAGGUCACCAGAGAUGCGGGAAGCAGCUGUCACGUGUGAGAUCAGAGCCUGGUACCACCUCUCAGGAAGCUGUGAGGGCACCCAAGGGCUCAACGAGACGGAGCAGCCAGUGCUGCGCCUGGACGUGGCAUACGGGGACGAGGUGGUGGGGCUGUGGCAGAGCCCCCCGCACAGCAGCAAGGGCUGGCACCAGCUGGUCGCCUACCCGGGCCGGAUCGCGGGGCAGUUCCAGCUUAUCUUCUCCCUGACACAACCACCCGCCUGCGGGGCAGAGGUGGCACUCGAUGAUAUCAUCUUCAGGAACUGUGCCUUGCCAGGGACCCGGCAGCAGCACUGCGGGACCCAGGAGAGCAACUGCAGCCGCGGCUCCUGCGUGGCUUGGACCCGCCUCUGCGACGGUACCGACGACUGCGGGGAUGGCUCGGACGAGGACACGACACAGUGCAAGCCCUUCACCAACUGCUCCUUUGAGCGUGAUCUCUGCGACUGGGAGGCAGGGGCUGGGCUGCCAUCGUGGGACAGGAACACAAGCCUGAACCUGGGCACCUUGUAUGGCUUCCCCACCCGGGACCACAGCACCAACAGCAGGGCUGGGUUUUUCCUCUACGUGGGCAGUGACCCCAGCACGGGGGCCAGCAGCACAGCUCAGCUCAGCAGCCCCUCUUUCCAGGCCACCAACUCCUGCUCUCUCGUGCUGUACUGCCACCUCCAUGGCUCAGCCAACAGUAGCCUCAGCGUCUUCUAUGUGAUCAACUCCACCAAGCAGCUGGUGAGGGAGAGGACAGGGGACCUGGGCAGCUACUGGGUCCGGGAGAGAGUGGACUUCAAUUUGACAGAGGCCUUCAAGGUGCUGAUCGAGGGGGUGGCCAGCAGCGGGGGGACCGUGGCCAUCGAUGACCUGAUCCUGUCACCAGGCUGUGUGAAGGAGCAGGGGAAGCCUCCAGUCACGCUGCCAAGCCGGGCAGGUGCCAGUCCCUGUGCAGGAGGGGAGGUGGCCUGUGACAGUGGGGGCUGCAUUGCUGCAGAGCUGGCCUGUGACUUCAGCGACACGUGCACCGACGGCUCCGACGAGAAGCGCUGCGGGGCAACAACCUUCGAGUCAGGGGCUGGGGGCUGGCACGAUGUCAGUGUGGGGCACCUGCGCUGGGGUCUACAAAGGCACACUGAGCUCAACACCUUCCUCACAGGGUCUUUUCUGGCCCUCCACGAAGGAGAAGGACAGAUGGUGGGUGCUGCAAAGGCACGAACUCCUCUGCUGGGCCCAUCUGGCCCCACCUGCACCAUGGAGAUGAGCUACCACAUCCACAGUGGCCCCCAAGGCUUCCUUGCUGUCAGCAUCUUGGAUCACACCACUGGCACCACCCAGCUGGCCUGGCACAUGCAGGGUCGUGGUGGCACAGCUGGAGGACGUGUCCGUGUCCCCCUGGGAGAGAGGAGCAGACCAUUCCAGGUCGAGCUGCUGGCACUGGUGGACCUGCAGGGUUCAGAGAGUGUUGGCGUCGACAACGUGACAUUUGAGCAGUGCCACCUCGGUGUGGUGUCACCCACAGCUGCAGAGCUGACCUGCAACUUCGAGAGGGACAUGUGUGGUUGGUACCAGGAUCAGUCCAGUGACUUCAGAUGGGUCCACAGCAUGGGGCAGGGACAGGGCUCUGACCACACCACUGGCUCAGGCUACUUCUUGUCUGUGGACCCCUCUGCUCUGUGGAGCCGUGGGCAGCGGGCACGGCUCGUCACAUCCCGCCAGGACCCUGCUGCUGCCCCACGCUGUCUCUCCUUCUGGUACCUCCUGGCUGGCCCACAGAUUGGCACCCUGAACCUCAAGCUGCAGCCAGAGGGACAGGAGGAGACGGUGCUGUGGACCUGCCGGGGGACCCAGGGCAGCCUCUGGCACCGGGCAUGGGCCACACUGCCCGCUACGGGCCAGAAGCCAUACCGGGUGGCCUUUGAGGUGCUGCGGGACGGGUUCCUGGGGGACGUGGGGCUGGACGACCUGGCACUGACAGCGGGACCCUGUGGGGCCGAGCUCUCCUGCUCCUUUGAGGCAGAGGGCUGUGGGCUGGCUGCCAGUGGGCAGGGCACCUGGCAGCGACAGAGCAACGGCACCGGCACCACAGCCGGCCCUGCAGCCGAUCACACCACCGGCACCGCCACAGGUCAUUACAUGGUGGUGAGCACGGGCAAGGGCUCCCUACCUGCAGGGCACAGGGCUGUCCUCACCUCACAGCCCUACCAGCCCUCCACACCUGCCCAGUGCCUGGCCUUCUGGUACCAGCUGAGCCCUGGGACUCCAGGCUCCCUUGGGGUGUUUGUGGAGCAGAGCGGGGUGCGGAGGAAGGUGCUGAGUGUGAGCACCACGGAGGGGAGCGGCUGGCACCGCGGCCACAGCACCGUCCAACCUGAUGGGGACUGGCAGAUGGUGUUCGAGGCAGUGGGAGCUGGGGGUGACCAUGGGUACAUCGCGCUGGAUGACCUGCACGUGUCGGACGGAGCCUGCCCUGAGCCAGCGUCCUGUGACUUCGAGCAGGACAUGUGUGGCUGGAGCAGCCCUUCGGACCCCCAUCUGCACAGCUUUGCCUGGGGCUGGAAGAGCGGGGUGCCCCUAGCCAAGUACCCCGGCCCUGAGCAGGAUCACACCCUGGGCACAAGGAACGGUCACUAUGUGCACUUCGACACCAGUGUGCUGGGUGCAGGGGGCACCAGUGCCCUGCUGGAGAGCCAGCCCCUGCCUGCUGCCACCGACUCCUGCCUGCGGUUCUGGUACCACAUGGACAUCCCAGAGCACCUCUCCAGUGGGGAGCUGCGGGUGAUGCUGCACAGCACAGCAGGGCAGCGCACGGUGUGGAGCGUGGAGGGACACCACAGCCGGGGCUGGCAGGGCGGCGUGGUGCCUGUGCAGAGCCCCAGCGAGUUCCAAAUCAUCUUUGAGAUCACCACACGGAGGUGGCCGAUGGAGGGGACAGUGGCACUGGAUGAUAUUGUGUACAGUGCAAGGGUGGGCUGCCAUUCCAGCCCCGAGGAGCCAGUGGAAGAGAAACCCUCAGGCAGCUUCGUGGCAGAGGUGGUGCUGGGUCUGCUCCUGGCCCUCCUCACUGUUGCACUGGUGGCUACCGGGGGCUGGUACUGGCUGAAGCAGCGAGGGUUGGCGAGCAGGACACCAGUGGAGAGUAACACUCCCCAGGGCUUUGACAACAUCACCUUUCGAGAUGACAAGGUCAUCAUAUCUCCAGUGCCAAGAGAGGGGGAUGAGGCUUGAAAUUAUCAGCCAGCAGCAGAAAUUGCCCACUCCCACCAGGUAGACCAUUCCUCAGCCAGACCCCACACUCCAGCAGCCGCCGGCUCUCUGCUCCCAGCACCAGGGAGCUGCCGUGGCACCAUCGGGGCUACCGGCCCCACAGAGACACGCCGCUGCCACCACUACCUCCAAGUGCUCGGGAAAAGCAUUUUUGUUUUUUUGUAAUAUGAACUUCAAAGACACAGCAACGUGCCUGUGCUUCAGCAGGUGCUGGCAGCAGCAGUUCUUGCAGCGACUGUCCUUGUCUGAGCAGGGGGUGAAGUGUGG